AUGGGGAUCCUCAGCAUCACGGACCAGCCGCCCCUGGUCCAGGCCAUCUUUAGCCGAGAUGUGGAGGAAGUGCGUUCCCUCCUCUCGCAGAAAGAGAACAUCAAUGUGCUGGACCAAGAGAGGCGAACCCCACUGCAUGCUGCUGCCUACGUAGGCGAUGUCCCCAUCCUCCAGUUGCUACUGAUGUCAGGUGCUAAUGUCAAUGCUAAGGACACACUGUGGCUGACCCCCCUUCAUCGUGCCGCUGCCUCCCGAAAUGAGAAGGUGCUGGGGCUGCUGCUGGCACAUUCAGCAGAUGUGAAUGCCCGAGACAAGCUGUGGCAGACACCACUGCACGUGGCUGCUGCCAACCGGGCCACCAAGUGUGCUGAGGCACUGGCACCCCUGUUGAGCAGCCUCAACGUGGCUGACAGGAGCGGGCGCAGUGCCCUGCACCAUGCGGUGCAUAGUGGGCAUCUCGAGAUGGUGAAUCUGCUCCUCAACAAAGGAGCCAGCCUGAAUGUCUGUGACAAAAAGGAGCGGCAGCCUCUGCACUGGGCGGCUUUUCUAGGGCAUUUGGAGGUCUUGAAACUGCUGGUGGCUCGGGGUGCAGACCUUGGCUGCAAGGACCGCAAGGGCUAUGGGCUGCUCCAUACGGCUGCUGCCAGUGGCCAGAUUGAAGUGGUGAAGUACCUGCUCCGAAUGGGAGCUGAGAUCGAUGAGCCCAAUGCUUUUGGAAACACAGCUUUGCACAUCGCCUGCUACCUGGGCCAGGAUGCUGUGGCUAUUGAGCUGGUGAAUGCAGGAGCCAAUGUCAACCAGCCGAAUGACAAGGGCUUCACACCACUGCAUGUAGCUGCAGUCUCCACCAAUGGCGCACUCUGCUUGGAGCUAUUGGUUAAUAAUGGGGCCGAUGUCAACUAUCAGAGCAAAGAAGGGAAAAGUCCUUUGCACAUGGCUGCCAUCCACGGCCGUUUUACCCGCUCCCAGAUCCUCAUCCAGAAUGGCAGUGAGAUUGACUGUGCGGACAAAUUUGGGAACACGCCACUGCACGUGGCUGCUCGCUACGGACACGAGCUGCUUAUUAGCACCCUCAUGACCAAUGGCGCGGAUACCGCCCGGCGCGGCAUCCAUGACAUGUUUCCCCUGCACUUAGCUGUUCUCUUUGGAUUCUCUGACUGUUGUCGUAAGCUUCUUUCCUCAGGUCAGCUGUACAGCAUUGUAUCUUCACUCAGCAAUGAGCACGUCCUCUCGGCUGGGUUUGACAUCAAUACGCCUGACAACCUCGGCCGCACCUGUCUUCAUGCUGCUGCUUCUGGAGGGAAUGUUGAAUGUCUUAAUUUGCUUUUGAGCAGUGGAGCUGACUUGAGGAGAAGGGACAAAUUUGGAAGGACCCCACUGCACUAUGCAGCUGCCAAUGGCAGUUACCAGUGUGCAGUCACACUGGUGACUGCUGGGGCUGGCGUCAACGAGGCCGACUGUAAAGGCUGCUCUCCCCUCCACUAUGCCGCCGCCUCCGACACUUACAGGAGAGCGGAACCCCACUCAGCUUCCAGCCACGACGCUGAAGAGGACGAGCCACUGAAGGAGUCCCGCAGGAAGGAGGCCUUCUUCUGUCUGGAGUUCUUACUGGAUAACGGUGCAGACCCCUCCCUGCGGGACAGGCAGGGCUACACAGCUGUGCACUAUGCAGCCGCCUAUGGCAACAGACAGAACCUCGAACUGCUCUUAGAAAUGUCCUUUAACUGCCUGGAGGAUGUGGAGAGCACCAUUCCAGUCAGCCCUUUGCACUUAGCUGCCUACAACGGUCACUGUGAAGCCCUGAAGACGCUGGCUGAGACGCUGGUGAAUCUGGAUGUAAGGGACCACAAGGGCCGGACCGCGCUCUUUCUGGCCACUGAGCGAGGCUCUACUGAGUGUGUGGAGGUGCUUACAGCCCAUGGCGCCUCUGCCCUCAUCAAGGAGCGCAAGCGCAAGUGGACACCCCUGCAUGCUGCUGCUGCCUCUGGCCACACUGAUUCCCUGCACUUGCUGAUUGACAGUGGAGAGCGAGCUGAUAUCACAGACGUCAUGGAUGCCUAUGGACAGACCCCACUGAUGCUGGCCAUCAUGAAUGGUCACGUGGACUGUGUACAUCUGCUGCUAGAGAAAGGAUCCACAGCUGAUGCUGCUGACCUCCGGGGCCGCACCGCCCUCCACCGGGGGGCAGUGACUGGUUGUGAGGACUGCCUGGCUGCCCUGCUGGACCACGAUGCGUUUGUGUUGUGCCGAGACUUCAAGGGUCGCACACCCAUUCACCUGGCCUCAGCCUGUGGCCACACUGCAGUCCUGCGGACCCUCCUGCAGGCUGCCCUUUCCACAGACCCCCUGGAUGCUGGGGUGGAUUACAGCGGAUAUUCGCCCAUGCACUGGGCCUCCUACACUGGACAUGAAGAUUGUCUGGAGUUGUUACUUGAACACAGCCCAUUUUCAUACCUGGAAGGAAACCCCUUCACUCCUUUGCACUGUGCAGUAAUUAAUAACCAGGACAGCACCACAGAGAUGCUGCUGGGAGCUCUGGGUGCCAAGAUUGUGAACAGCCGAGAUGCCAAAGGAAGGACCCCCCUUCACGCCGCUGCCUUCGCGGACAAUGUCUCUGGGCUCCGGAUGCUGCUGCAGCAUCAAGCUGAGGUGAACGCCACUGACCACACUGGCCGCACUGCGCUCAUGACGGCGGCUGAAAAUGGGCAGACCGCUGCUGUGGAAUUUCUGCUGUAUCGAGGGAAGGCAGACCUUACUGUGCUGGAUGAGAACAAGAACACUGCCCUUCACUUGGCUUGUAGCAAGGGCCAUGAAAAGUGUGCCCUUAUGAUCCUGGCAGAAACCCAAGACCUUGGCCUUAUCAAUGCUACCAACAGUGCGCUGCAGAUGCCACUCCACAUUGCUGCCCGGAAUGGUCUAGCCUCUGUGGUGCAGGCCCUGCUGAGUCGUGGGGCCACAGUGCUGGCUGUGGAUGAAGAAGGUCACACCCCAGCACUAGCCUGCGCCCCUAACAAAGACGUGGCAGACUGCCUGGCCUUGAUCCUCUCCACCAUGAAGCCUUUCCCACCCAAGGACACCGUCAGUCCUUUCAGCUUCAGCCUGCUCAAGAACUGCGGCAUCGCAGCAGCCAAGACGGUGGGUGGCUGCGGUGCCCUGCCCCAUGGGGCCUCCUGCCCCUACAGCCAGGAGCGGCAUGGCGCCAUUGGGUUAGAUGGCUGCUACUCAGAGUAG